AUGGAUCCACUUAGCAUCACAGUUAGUGCAGCGAGUGCCGUGUCUCUUGCCAUCCAGACCAUCUCUGCACUCAACAAUUAUGCCAUGACGGUCAAGGAGGCUCCGGCGGAGGUUAAAGCCCUCAUUGAGGAGCUUCAGAUGCUGACAGAGACAAUUCAUAACAUCGAGGAGACCUUCAAAGCCAAAGCCAAGAGCUCCGAAGGAAGUGAAAAUGAGGUCAAGGAGGCAGAUGGUAAUCUGCAGACACUCACUAAAGCAAUCGCUGGCUGCCAGGCCCAUCUCGCAAAAGCUCUGGCAGUUCUGGAUGAAUGUGGAAUGACUGUGACGCCUGCCGAUGAAGGCUUGAAUAUAAAGACCGGAGCCAGGUAUAAACGACUAUUCAAGAGAGUCAAAUAUCCCUUCAAUCGAGAAUACAUUCAAAGGCUACUGAUGGUCGUCCGUGAUUACAAGGCCACUCUGACACUGAGCUUAUCCCUUGAAGGAACGUGA